UUCUCACUUUUGGCUGGUGAGUCACGAGAAAACGAGAAACUCUCGAAAAUCAACUGUUCAACGCGUUUGUGGUGUAGCAUUGUUGUGUAACGUGGUGUAAUUUUGGUGUAACAGUGAGAUGCAGUUUUGAGCGUGUGAGACGUGUCCAGUUGGAGUAUUUUUGGAAUAUUAAUCAGCCCGCGAUGUGAAAGCUUCCAGUUGGCAGUUCUAAUCAGUGGCCACGUAACAGAAAACCAACCCGCAAAAGCAGCACAAACAAAUGAUAAGGCCCUGACUGUGUCCGGCUCGUCGCAGCAAGAAAUCAGUCGUCCAGCAACCAUCUCGAAUAUCGCGAUCUCGAACCGAACGAUGGAUCUGACCGACCAGCAGCAUGGCCCCUUGGCCAACGUUACGAGCAUUCUGCUCGAACCCGACACCAGCAUGAGCAAGAACGAAGCCAAACUGUUGGCCAUUCUGGCGCUCGGGUUGGGAAGCUUUUUCGCCGGUAUCCUGCCACUGUUUUGUGCCCAGCGCAAUCGGGAGCGCUUCCCGUCGCUGAUCUCGUUCCUGCUGUGCUUCGGAGCCGGAGUGCUGCUGGCCACGGCGCUGGUUCACAUGCUUCCGGAGGUUCGCGAUGCUCUGAAGCAGUACGCGGAGAUUGUGUUUUGCGUUGGGUUCUUCCUGAUCUACACCGUGGACGAGCUGAGCCACCUUUGCGGCGUAGGACACAGCCACGGUGGCGGCGGCCACGGGCAUGGUUCCGAUCGGAUCUAUGUGGUUGGUAGGAGGACCAGCCGGGAUUCCACCGGUGGAGACGCCGACAGUCGUAGCUAUGGAACGAGCGAGGAAACCAAGCUGCUCACCAAGAGCGAAAGUGGCAUCCAGAUCCACCGACGGGCGUCAGAGUGCGAGAUCGGAGCCGGAAGCAGCCAAACCCUGGGCAUGGGAUCAAGCGAGAGCAUCCCACGAGUGAUGGUGGCCCGUGGCGGCGCAGAAUCCCCGGAGCAGGUCACCGGAGUGUUCAGCUUGCUGCUCGCCCUCGUUGUCCACUCUCUGCUCGAAGGUCUUGCCAUCGGCGUCCAAAGCACCGCUCCAGCCGUCCUGCUCCUCCUGGGAGCGGUCAGUGCCCACAAGUACGUGGUCGGAUUCUGUCUGGGCGUCGAGAUCUGCAGCCACGGCAGUCGUCACAAGUGCUCGCACGUCCUGCAGAUUCUCACGUUUGCGAUCGGCUCGGUGGCCGGCAUCGGCGUCGGUAUGGCGCUGGAUGAUUUGGGUGAAACCUUCAACCAGCUCGUGAUACCGAUCCUUCAGGGUGUCGCCGGGGGCACACUGCUGUACGUGACCGUCAGCGAAGUUUUGCCCCGAGAGCGCGGAAAACGCGCCACGAUGCGAUUCAAACAAAUUGGCCUUCUGCAGUUGUUUGCGGUGAUAUUAGGUUUUACGGUGAUGUCUAUUUUAAGUCUUAUUAUUAGUGAGAACUAAAUCGAAAAAGAGAGAAAUAUAAACUCAGCUAGGGGUGGCCCACUUAGUAGGGAACACCUUUUUUACAUUGGAGAUAACGUAUACAAAAAUGUUUAUAUACAGAAGAUAUACAAUAUAUGUAGAGUACGGAUAAAAAAUAAACUGCAGAUCUGGAAAAGUGUGCCAAUCUGUGAACGCGUGUGUUGAUCAAUAAUAAUAAAAAAACGCGAAGCUUAGAUGCGAAACAAUCAAAUCAAAA